UCCCUGUCUCCCUCCUCCGGCCGUACCAUCUGAGUGACGCAGAAGCAGUGCUGGAAAUUGUGGAAGGGGAUGCUGUUGUAGUGGCAGAACACCUCAAACAGGAAGUUCUGCAGGACUUCCAGCUCGAUGUGGAACGCCGUGAGGAAGUCCAGGUCUGUGAACAUCACCUGGAGGAGCACCAGCAUCUCCGCCUCCUCCCAUUGCCUGUUACAGACACCACACACAUCUGUGACAGACUCCAUCAACAACAACAACAACAAGGUCACCUCAUGUUGAGGAACUUCCUGCGGACUUGUUGCCGCUCCUCCUCCACGCUCAGAUGAGGCGUUUUGGGUUUCUGGGAGAGCUUGGAGAGCUGAUGAUCGCUGUCCUCCCUGAACAGACCCAUCCAGCUCAGGUGCUGCACACUCUGACAGGAGAGAAAUACAGCCUCACUGUGAGCAGAAGACCUUUCAUAUUCCAGAUGAAUAUGGGAUGUGCAGGAGACUCCACCUGGCUCUUCAGCUCACUGAUGAUUUCUGGAGUCUUCCCCACGUCCUCGAUCACUUUGCUCUCCAGAUGCUGAAGCCUGCAGACAGAAGCAGAGACGACAGUGAGUCCCUGUCACCAAACAGAGCGACGGUUAACCCCCCCCCCCCCUGCACAGGACGCCCUCACCUGUAUUCCAUGUCGUCCAGCUCUGUUGGCAUCCCCACACCUGAAAGAAACCCGGACACGUGAGCUGCUGGAGGAGAGGCUUUGCAUUUGGCCAGGAGGAACAUGACCUGCUCCAGAAAGGAAAAUGAGACCUCUUGACACUGACAACUUGAAGCUGUAAAGGACCACCUGCAGCUGACAGAGAGCCCACCCAUGUAUCCACCCAUCCUCCCCCCCUCCAGGACCCAGUACUUCCAAAAGGUCGACUACAGCUGAAAAUGAUCCAGGAGGAUGAAGUGCAUUGUCCACAGCUGCCAAACCCUGCAGGAGAGUGUGAUGCACACCCCGGCUGUGUUAGCCUCCUCAGAAACAUCCUAACUGGCAUCCAGGUAUCCUGCAGCAGGUUACGGGACCCUCUCAAGGCUUUGGUGCACAAGAGGAAGAGGAGUAAGGCCAGCUCGGAGUCUGCUCGAGCCCUGAAUUCUUCCUGUCCCAGGCAGCAUCAGCAGCCAUGGAGGAGGAGGUGGUGAGCAUGGAUUACUUGCUGGAGCAGGUGAUGCAGAAGGACCUGGGUAAGAGGCUCCAGGUGGGCCAGGAGACCAUUGAGCUCAUCCUGGAUGAAGGGAAGUCCCAAGACCUGGAACAGGACCAGAGCAUGCUGGACAGGAUGGUGGAUGCAGUGGCCAGCUCCUGGGUCAACUCCAGCAACUUCAAGGUGGUUUUGCUGGGGAUGGACAUUCUGUCAGCUCUGGUUAGCAGACUGCAGGAGAGAUUCAGGACACAGGUUGGGACAGUUCUGCCAAGCCUGAUAGACCGACUAGGAGACGCCAAGGACCAAGUUCGAGACCAGGACCAAGCUCUUCUACUGAAGAUUAUGGACCAAGCUGCCAACCCACAGUAUGUAUGGGAGCGAAUGAUGGGAGGCUUCAAACACAAAAACAACCGGACCAGAGAAGGCCUCUGCCUCUGUCUCAUCUCAACCCUGAAUGUGUUUGGAUCUCAGAGUCUGACCCUCAGUAAAAUCGUUCCUCACAUCUGUAACCUCCUUGGAGAUCCCACAAGUCAGGUGCGUGAUGGAGCCAUGAACUGCCUCAUAGAGAUCUACCGUCACGUUGGAGAACGAGUGAGGAUCGACCUGGGGAAGAAGGGUCUCCCUCAGUCACGGCUGAACGUCAUCUUCAGUAAAUUUGAUGAAGUUCAGAGGUCAGGGAGCAUGGUCCUGUCUCCACUGUCAGACAAGAACUUCGAAGACGAUGACUCGGUGGACGGCGGCCGCUCCUCGUCCUCGUCCAAAGGAGCCACGCUGUCCGGGAGGAAGGGAGUGAGCAUGGGGUCGUUCCGACGCCCUGCCCCUGCUGCCUCCAGUACCAAGUCUGCAGGAAAGGAUGGGUCAAGUGCUGGAGCUGUGGAUGAGGAGGACUUCAUCCAGGCCUUUGAGGAUGUUCCCACAGUGCAGAUCUACUCGAACAGGGAGGUGGAGGAGGCCAUGGCGAAGAUCCGAGACGUGCUGUCGGACGAUAAGAGAGACUGGGAGCUCAGAGUGGCCGCUCUGAAGAAGGUGCGUUCGCUGAUCCUCGCCGGUGCAGCAGAGUUUGACGGGUUUCCUCAGCAGCUGCGGCUCACGGAGGCUGCGUUCAAACAGUCCGCCAAAGACCUGCGCUCUCAGGUGGUGAGAGAGGCCUGCAUCACUCUGGGUCACCUGUCCUUGGUGCUAGGCAGUCGGUUCGACCACGCUGCGGAGGCCAUCAUGCCGAUCCUUCUAAACCUGGUCCCCAACAGUGCCAAAAUCAUGGCCACCUCCGGCAUGGCCGCCAUCCGUAUGAUCCUCAGGCACACACACUACCCACGUCUCAUCCCCAUCAUCACCAGCAACUGUAUCUCUAAAUCUGUGGCAGUCAGAAGACGCUGCUUCGACUUCUUGGACCUGAUGCUGCAGGAGUGGCAGACGAGCUCUUUAGAGAGGCACGGGACAGUUUUAAUGGAGACGAUAAAGAAAGGAGUUCAUGAUGCAGACGCAGAAGCUCGCUCUGUGGCCAGAAAGUGUUAUUGGAGUUUUCACGGUCACUUCCGUCGGGAGGCGGAGCUGCUGUUUCAGGGCCUGGAGUCGUCCUAUCAGAAAGCUCUGCAGGCUCACCUCAGGAGCGGGGACAGCAUGAUGUCACUGCCCGCCUCGGACCGCUCCUCCUCGUCCUCUCAGGAGAGCCUCAAUCGACCUCUGUCUGUAAAAACCAGCUUCGGGAGCAGCUCAACAAGAACCAAAGCUGCUCACACAAGGACGCCUGCUGCUGCUGCUGCCGCCUCCUCUCCUGGCUCUCUGCAGCGCUCUCGCAGUGACGUGGACGUUAACGCGGCGGCCACAGCCACCGCCCGUACCAGAAUGCCCGCUGUGCCCUCAGCCAUGACAUCAUCACCCUUCAGCUCUGCUUCAGCCCUCCCGCCUGGGUCCUACGCUUCCCUGGGUCGCGUACGGACCAGGAGAACAAGUUCAGGGACCAGUCCGUGUGUCACAGACAGCCGGGGAAGAAGCCGAGGGAAAGUGGUCUCCCAGUCUCAGCCCGGCAGUAGAUCAGGUUCUCCAGGCCGACUGCUCAGCUCCACAUACGGCCGAAUCCCGAGGCCGACCAUGGGCACCACCGCCACUGCUGCCGCCACAGCCAGCAGCACCUCCACCAGCCUGGCAGACAAGAGCCGGCCCCGAGGCCACCGCAGCCAAGGCUGCAGCAGAGAGACCAGUCCCACCAGAUCUGGAACAGCCCGCAGCCGAAUCCCCCGGCCGAGCAUGAGUCAGGGCUGUAGCCGCGAAACCAGUCGCGAGAGCAGCCGUGACACCAGCCCUGCCAGGGGUUUCUCCCCCCUGGCAACUCGCCGUCACUCCCGUUCAACCAGCGCCCUGUCCUCUGCAGAGUGCUACUCAGACCGUCUGGCUCAUCAGGCUCGCAUCUCGGCCUCGGUCAACGCCAUGAGGAUCCUAAACACCGGCACCGAUGUGGAGGCAGCUGUUGCUGACGCUCUGCUCUUAGGAGACUCGAGGAGUAAGCGGAGACCCGUCAGGCGGCGCUUCGAGUCUCCAGGAAUGCACUCCGAUGAUGACGCCAACAGCGACGCCUCCAGCGCCUGCUCCGAACGCUCGUACAGCUCGCGCAACGGCGGCAUGACGCCGCACUACCUGCGUCAGACGGAGGACGUGGCCGAGGUGCUGAACCACUGUGCCAGCGCCAACUGGUCUGAGAGGAAGGAGGGACUGCUGGGGCUGCAGAACCUACUCAAGAGCCAGAGGAUGCUCAGUCGUGUGGAGCUGAAGAGGCUCUGUGAGAUCUUCACCCGGAUGUUUGCAGACCCUCACAGCAAGAGAGUGUUCAGCAUGUUCCUGGAGACUCUGGUGGACUUCAUCACGCUGCACCGGGAGGACCUGCAGGACUGGCUCUUCGUCCUGCUCACUCAGCUGCUGAAGAAGAUGGGGGCAGACCUGCUGGGCUCCGUCCAGGCCAAAGUCCAGAAGGCCCUGGACGUCACCAGAGAGUCCUUCCCACACGAGCAGCAGUUCAACAUCCUGAUGCGUUUCAUCGUGGAUCAGACGCAGACGCCCAACCUGAAGGUGAAGGUGGCCAUCCUGCGCUACAUCGAGGCACUCGCUCGCCAGAUGGACCCAGCUGACUUUGUCAACUCCAGUGAGACCCGCCUCGCCGUCUCCCGCAUCAUCACCUGGACCACCGAGCCCAAAAGCUCUGACGUCCGCAAGACCCUUCAAAACUGGGCAGGGGAGGACUUCUCAGGCCGAGCCAGCACCGUGGCCUCUCUGCCUGGGGAGGGCAACCUGGAGGAGAGGUGCAAGCAGGCAGCCCAGGUGGUGCUGAUCGCCCUGUUUGAGCUGAACACACCAGAGUUCACCAUGCUGCUGGGUGCUCUGCCCAAAACCUUCCAGGACGGGACCACCAAGCUGCUGCACAACCACCUGAGGCACACCAGCGCCAGCAGUGGCAUCGGCAUGGCAUCUCCCAGCAACACGGCGGGUCGGAUUCCUCCUCGGCCGCCAAGCAGCCGGAGCAGCCCGCUCACCUCUCCCACUAACUGCUCCCAUGGGGGGCUCUCUCCCAGCAGCAUGCUGGAGUAUGACAGUGAGAACCUGAACACAGAGGAGAUCUACAGCUCCCUCCGCGGCGUCACUGAGGCCAUCCAGAACUUCAGCUUCCGCAGCCAAGAAGAUCUGAUGGAUCCAUUGAGGCGGGACGGGAAGAGGGACGGCAUGUCUGGAGUGGGGGCGUCUUCAGACUCAGACCCCAGGCUUGGUGGUGAUGUGGUGGGAGGAGGACGCACGGCUCUGGACAACAAGACGUCGCUCCUGAACACGCCUUCCCCUCGGUCCUUCUCUGGCCCGCGCUUCAGAGACUACAACCCGUACAACUACACGGACAGCAUCAGCACACUGGACAAAGCUGCGCUGAAGGAGGCGCUGUACGAGGACGCUGUGGAGCAGCUGAGAGACGGAUCCCGACAGGAGUGUGUGGAAAACAAGAUCAUGAACCCGAAAAACUUCCCAGCUAGCCCUGCUGAGCAGCUGGAGCUGGUAGGGGGUCUUCUGAAGGAGCUCUCCCAGGGCCAGGCAGGGGAGCGGGGCCCUGAGGAGCGCCGGGGGACCCUGCUGGAGCUGCUCAAAGUGGCUCGAGAAGACAGCCUAGUGGUGUGGGAGGAACACUUUAAAACCAUGUUGCUGCUGCUUCUAGAGACACUAGGAGACAAAGAUCACACCAUCCGGGCUCUGUCCCUGCGAGUCCUGAAGGAGAUCCUGAGGAAUCAGCCGGCCCGCUUUAAGAACUACGCUGAGCUCACCAUCAUGAAGACACUGGAGGCUCAUAAAGACUCCCACAAGGAGGUUGUGCGAGCAGCUGAGGAGGCAGCGUCCACUCUGGCAGGCUCCAUCCACCCGGAGCAGUGCAUCAAGGUCCUCUGUCCCAUCGUGCAGACGGCAGACUACCCCAUCAACCUGGCCGCCAUCAAGAUGCAGACGAGGGCCAUUGAACGCAUCACCAAGGAGCCGCUCCAUCACCUGCUGUCUGACAUCAUACCUGGACUCCUGCAGGGCUACGACAACACUGAGAGCAGCGUGAGGAAGGCAAGCGUCUUCUGCCUGGUGGCUAUCUACUCUGUGAUCGGAGAGGAGCUGAAGCCAUACCUGGCUCAGCUGACCGGCAGCAAGGACCAGACCCUCCUGGAGUCAGACCCUCAGAGACUCACAGAGACCCACAGAGACCCACAGAGACUCACAGAGACCCACAGAGACAGGGAGGGACAGCUCAGCUCUCAGACUCAGAACCUCUGCCUGCAGGUCACCAGAGUUUGCAGCACGAUGAGAGGACUUCACAGACGCCUGCAGGAGGAGCCGUGUUGACUGGAUGUCUCAGAAUCAUCUCCAGACCCGAGUGUGUUCGUACCUUGGACGUCAGGUCGCUGUUGUGGAUGGAGGUGGGCAGGGAGGAGAGGCCGAGGCCCGGCUGGCGACUGGAGAAGGAGGGCGGAGCCUGAAUGAGAGGAGGGGUGUGGCCAAAGGCGCUGAGGCCCCGCUGCUGGGAGAGGAGAUGCUGGUGACCGUACGAGCUGCUGGCCGCCGAGCUGGACCUCGAGUUGUUGAUGUAAGCAACCAGUGAGUUCGGCGAGGUGCGGAUCAUCGUCUGCAGGUCGAUGCUGGCGUCUGACAGAGGAGAGAUGGACAGAGCUCGCUUCCUGCUCAGGCGGGGCGUCAGUCUGGGGCUGGAGAACCUGGACACUGUGGGUGCACAGAGCUGAAGAGAAGAGACGCAUCCUUCUUCACCUUCAGACGUCUGAGCGGCCAGUUUUCACAUCCUGUUAAUUGCAACCUGGUGUGUCUCGUCUCUGAGCUGCCGGACCGGAGAAGACAGGAGGGAGAGGAAGACGGAGAGAAGAGGAGGAGGAGGAGGAAGAGGAGGAGCCACAGGAUGCUGCUGGGACAGAUCACCCCAAAAGCACCAGACUCUCCCUCCCGACGGCGUGAAGUCCUCCGACCGACUCCUUUGAUCCCUGACCCGCCGCCAAAUGGUCCCCACCGCAGCCACCAGCCGCUGGUUGUUUUACAGGACCACUGACUUCCUCUACGCUUCCUGGACGGGUCCUCUAAUUCACCGACACCUCAAACUCGGCAGCCGUCUACGUCCGGGUUAAUGAGCUUCAGGAGGGUCCCAGCUUCCUGUUCACGGCCUCCACGCUGACAAACAAACAACGAGCGGACCAGCAGCCGAGCCGGUCAGCAGAGCAGGUCUCAGAUCAAGCUCACCGUGAAGACCGGAUCUACAGAGAGUCUGCAGAGAGUCUGCAGCAGAGACCACAGCUCCUCCCUCUCUCUCUCUCUCUCUCUCUCUCUCUCUGCAGUUCUCUCCCUCGGGGCAACAGCAGACAUGUCAGAGUUGCCUCGUCUGUCAGAUUAAGGAGCAGCUGAGUCAUUUCACUUAACAACAUCUCCACGAGUCUGACUGACACUUACCGGAUUAGAUGUGAACUCGGCUGCAGGAUCAGGACUCUUCUUAAACGAGUUGCAGUGGAUUGCGUCUCCUUCCAAUCAUGCAGGGUGUGACCUCAGAGCUCAAACACUUGACCCUGAAGUCCUGCUGAGAGUUGUGACUCGUCACGCAGCUCCUCAGUGCAAAUAUUAUAACCACGCUCCAACGCUUCAGAGACCAAGACUUCCACGGCGGCAGCGGCGGCGGCAGAGAGGACGGGACAGAAGGCGGAGAGAGACGAGGAGCUGGACCUGAACGUGUCCCUGCAGAAACAUCCUCAUGGAGGGACGACACAGGGACAGGAAACAAGAACUCAGGACAGAUCCUCUUCAACAUGAAGGAAACUGGGAUGCAGAUA